CUUUUGAACUUUUCCAGAUCGCGCGAGCUCUCAUCCACGCGACCUCGUUCACCACUCCGUCGACCUGUAUUCAACGCACCGUACUACGUCUUUCAAUCUGAAGCUGUUAUAAGGCACGCCCCAAUCCGAGGGGCUCUCGCGCGCCACGACACUACCUCCCGACCUCAUCGAAUUCCGCCCGCAAUGUCCCUUACACACAUCGGAUAUGUGUGCUCGCAUAUUCAGAAUGCCUCACAAGUCCGGCUGGGCCUUACGUCCAUCGUAGCAACCAAAGUCCAUGUUGCUCUCAUGCUGGCUCUACAGAAACAGGGAUUCAUCUCGUCAGUCACCCUGGGAUCAAAGAAGCCGCCAGCUACCUUUGCAUUACAAGAGCAGCAGCAGACACCAGUGAAAGAGCAGGAAAGUUCAGCCAUACAGGACAAGCCAUGGCUAGCGUAUCCACAGCCCUCGGAGGCCACGCCAUCGACCCAGCGGUCGCUCAAAGCAGAGUACGAAAGACGUUGGUUUGGGAGUCCAAAACUGAGUUUUGUGAACACUCUACUGGCGCGUGAACAGGGGACGAUUGAACAGUUCCCUCCCAAGGUCCUACAGAGUUAUUUGGCAGAUCGCAAAUGGCUCGCAAACGUUCGGCACAUAUGGGGGCCAACGGAAAAGUCAGAUGCAGCAUUGGAACGAAACUCGAAACACCUGAUGGACUCCCUCGACUUGCCUGACUCUCCUUUCUUUACACAUAUGACCGAGCUACACGAGCAUGAGGUUGGAGAAUUGCAGGAACUUGCGCAAUGGGGUCAGGAACAGAACACGAAACGUGAUGCCGCACCUUCAACUCCAAGCAUUUGGCGCAAAGGCUAUCAACCCCAUAGCUGUCCUUCCACAAGACCCGAACCACAAGGUCCAGCUGAAUCUACCCCCACUGCAGCGCAUAGCCAAUGUGCCCCAAAACCCUGCGCAGCGUCGUCUGUGGAUAGGCCUGAAAUACUGGAACUCAGAGCCUGUCAUCAGGAAGAUGUCCAUGAUCAGCAAGCCCACCAAGCGCAUGACUGCCACUUGGGCCGACCUGAAAGCUAUCCUUGCAGGCCGGAACCGAAACGAGAUCAAGGGCAUAGUGAAUCCGGGAGAGUGCAUAUUCAUCUCUACUGACAUAGGUAUGCUAGAGAUCAGAGAGGCGGUGGAAAAGAGGAGAGGUGGACUAGUCCUUUGUAGAGUCAUGCCAUGAAAGACCGAUGCUGCGUACCGCGUAGCUUUUGUAUAUUACAUGUCAUAUAUAGGUGCGUUUUCACUCAUGCACGAGAUGCACAGUACACUUGUAUGAUAUUAAUUUCGCUGCCAGACGGGAGCAGCCAAGCCCAGUCUACUUUUUUUCAAUAUAGAUACUUCACAUGUAGACUAUUAUCCACGGCU